AUGUCAGCUGUCGCAUCCGACGAGUCGACCGGCCACGUGGCCGAUCCGGUGCAGCUCACACACCGGUACGUUCAGAAUCACAAGCUGAAUGAGUUAUUUGGGCAUCUGCUGCAACUUGUCCUCUACCACCGCCCUGAUGACCCGCGUGCCUUUCUCGCCGAAGAGGUGCGCAAGAUUCGCGAGGAAAAAGUCUCCUCGCUCUUCACGGAACGGGAUCUCGAGACGAUGUUUGAGAUGAUUGAUGUGACGGCGCAGCGGUGGAUCACGGUCGCGCAGCUGCGUAAUACGUGCCGAAACCUUGCGACAACCUCCUCGGCGGACAACGUGAGCACCAGUGGCGGCGGUCUUACAGCGGAGCAGGAGGCCGCGAUUGCUGGCGCAGGUGACGCAGCAGGACGCGUCAGCAUGGACAGUUUCAAGGAAGUGCUUUCUUCGCUCCUUCUCACCAAGAAUAAAUGGUCUUAG